CAUAAUUGUGUGACACCCUCACCCAUAAUUUCCUGAAACUGUGAAAGUUUAAAUCAAUAAAAAAAAUCUAAAAAUAUGCUUAAGCAGAUAUCAAAAUUAUUUAAAAAAAAUCAAACUCUGCCAAGUCGUCUUUUUAGCAAAACAAGGUGGAUGAGGUAAUUUUUUUUUAUUGGACCAACUUCUGUUGGUGAGAGGGACAAGCUUUUGAGCUUGCACAGAGCUCUUCAAGUCUGGGAAACUAACUCUGAGUAUCACUGAGGACAAGGUGAAACAGAUUGUUAACUACUUAUGCUAAACACACAUUUCAAGGGACCACUCAAGGUGAAGUGGCCUGUUAACACCUCUCUAAUCAGAGGGAGGAAACGGGGAGAAAGCAACUAGGGGGUUGUAAGAGCAUUAUAGAUUAUUGUAAUAAGCUAUAAAUCCAGUGUCUGUAUUCGGUCCAUGUCUAGCAAAGUUAUGAAUUUAAGGUCCCAGGCUCAUCUUUUGAAAGCGUUGUGCUGUUUUCCUUUGUGGAUGACGAUUGAUAGGUCAGGGAUCAUUAUCAGUCCUCGUCCUCAAAGGAAAACUACACAACACUUCAAAAGAUGAGCCUGGGACCUUAAAUUCAUAACUUUGCCAGACACGUAGGCCUGGUCUACACCUCAGAGUUAGGUCGACGUAAGGCAGCUUACAUUGACCUAAUUAUAUCAGUGUCUAUGCUACAGUCUUGCUCCCACCGAUGUAAGUGCUCUACUACAUAAUACUACUGACAUAAAAUCACUCCACUUCCAUGAGAGGUGUAGGGUUUAUGUUGGUAUAGUUAGGAUCACACAGUGUCCCUGUAGACAUUGCGGGUUACUUACAUUGGCUGCCAUUCUUGUCAAUUUCACAACUCCCUGUUGGAGCUGUGAAAUUGGUAAGAAAUCCCAGCUCACAGCUUGGGCUAUCUCCCUGGGUGGGUGGGGAGCUCCAGCUAGAGCCUGGUCAUCCAGGCUCCUGGCUCCCCGCCAGGCUACCGGCUCCCCGCAAGGGCAGCUGGCCCCCGGUGGGCAGUGGCAUGCAGAGCUGGGAGCCCGUGCUCUCAGCCCCCAUCAUUGCCCCUCUUAAGUCGGUGGAAGCACUCCUGGUGAGGACAUGCGUGCACCACCAGUAGAAAAGGUAGUGUGGACAUGAACCACUGCAGUAAUUAUUGCGAUGGCUGUAAGUCAACCUAUAUUAGGUCAACUUAAGUUUGUAGCGUAGACAUGCCUAAAACUCAUGGACUGAAUAUAGACACUGGAUUUAUGGCUCAUUACAACAUUCUUUCCCUCCCCCCCCCUUUUCCUCCCUAUGACUGGAGGGGUGUUAACGGGCUACUUCAUUUUUAGUGGUCCCUUGUUCAGCAUAAGUAGUCAACACACAUUUCAGUCUGUUCCACCUUGUAUUUAGCAGUGACACUUGGAGGCUUGGUCUACACUACAUACAUACUUUGGUAUAACUACAUCUCUUGGGGUGUAAAAAAUCCACACCCCUGAGCAAUGUUGUUAUACUGACCUUAACUCCAUGUAGCAGUGGUGGGUCACCUGCGGCCUGUCCGGGUAAUUCAUUGGUGUGACGCCAGACAGUUUGUUUACAUUUGGGGCUGCCCGCAGUUCCCAGUGUCUGCGGUUUGCUGUUCCUGGCCAAUGGGAGCUGUGGGAAACGGCAUGAGCCGCAGAAACGUGCUGGCUUCUGCUUCACGCAGCUCGCAUUGGCCAGAAACGGUGAACUGCAGCCACUGGGAGCUGCGGGCAGCUGUGCAAAUGUAAACAAACUAUCUGGCGGCCUGCCAGUGGAUUACCCUGACGAGCUGCAGGUUGCCCACCUCUGCCAUGUAGACAGCAUUAUGUCUGCAGGAGAGCUCGCUCCCAUCCUCUUAGAGCAUCUUUCCCAGAUGUGCUGCAUUGGUGCACUAAUGUAAAUUUGUAGUGUAGACCUGCCCUGAGUUAGUUUCCCAGACCUGAAGAAGAGCUCUGUGUAAGCUCUAAUGAUUGUGUCUCUCACCAACAGAAGUUUGUCCAAUAAAAGAUAUUACCUCGCCCACUUUGUCUCUCUAAUAUCCUGGGACCACAACAGGGCUACAACACUGCAUACAAACUUAUAAUAGUUACUGUGCUGUUGAAAAUAAUUGUCUAAUAUUAAUCAGCAUGCUACAGUUCUCCUUUAAAUCAAUUCCAAACAUUGCUUUGAGCCGUAUAAUAACUUACCCAGCAAUAUAUGCUUGAUGUUUCAGUCAUGUUUAAAUACCUUCAGUUUGAUACUGGAUCACCAACACACUGACCCCAGGCAUGGAAUGCUCAUGGAAUGCUUAUAUGACAAAUGCUACUCUCAAUAUCAAAGCAUUCCAUGAGCAUUCCAUGCGUGAGGUCAGUGUGUUGGUGAUCCAGUAUCAAACUGAAAGUAUUUAAAGAUGACUGAAAUGUCAAGCUGAUUAAUAUUAGAUAAUUGUCAACAUUUAGGCCCUGUCUAAACUAUCAAGUUUACAGCCCUGUGCCGCUGUAAGAUCGCUUGUGUAGCUGAUCUAUGCUGACGGGAGAGAGCUCUCCCAUCAACAUAAUUAAACCACCUCAAAUGAGUGGUGGAAGCUAUGUUGUCAGGACAUAGUGCUGUCCACACAUGUGCUUCUGUCGAUGUAACUUAUGUCGCUCAGGGGGGUGUUUUUUCACACCCCUGAGCAACAUAAGUUAUACCGACAAAGGUGCUUGUAUAGACAUAUCCUUAAUCUUUUUCUGCUUUGUAGUCCGAAUAUUUUUGUGCAAUAACCAAUGAUUUAAUUUAUAGAUGGGUUGCAGUAGCAGGCAACCUACAUAUUUUAAGCAUUUGUGCCAUGAACACAUCAUCCGUUACGUAUUUCCUGCAGAAUUAAAUUUUAGAAAACCUUUUUGCUAAGGAGUAAAAAUAAUGUGAAAUUGAACCACUCUUUACUCAUGGCCCAUAAGUUAUUUAUAGAAAAAUAUAAUUUACUGAAAUCUAUAACUCAGUAACCAUACAUCAUUCAAUGCAAAUCAAUAUCCCUAAUUUGAGCUGUCAUCAGCCUGUAGUAAACUUGUAAUGUGUUAAGGGGGUCAUGGUAGGUGUGUGCAGCGUUUUCUCUCAUGCAGCCUUAUCCUUGGCAAUAUUUCAAAUGGUUCAGAAAUUUGUGAACACAAAUCUAUUGAGUUAUUUACAUUUGAUGCAUCUUGAAAUGUACAUUUUUUUUUUUUUAAAACACAGCAUGACCCCAGUGUCUGGUUUUCUUUCCUCCUAUGAAAGGUUGAAAUUAAUAAUGAAUUAAUAAAGUUUGAUUGUGUAAAUCGUGUCCUACAAAGUGGUUUUCACUGUAAGGAACCACAGAUACCCAUCUAGAGAGAAAACUGUCCUUGGACAUGUGUUACCUGCUGAACAACCUCAUUUAUGUACACAUGCUUCACUUUAUUCUUAUACUUCAAUUUAGAUCUGUAUUUUAUGUUUCUAGUUUCCAAGCCAGCACCUUAUUGGGAAGGAACAGCAGUAAUCAAUGGCGAAUUUAAAGAGCUGAAAUUAACAGAUUAUCAAGGAAAAUAUCUCGUCUUCUUCUUCUACCCUCUUGACUUCACAUUUGUGUGUCCAACUGAAAUUAUCGCCUUCAGUGACAGAAUUGAAGAAUUCAGAGCAAUAAACACUGAAGUGGUAGCAUGUUCUGUUGACUCACAGUUCACUCACUUAGCAUGGAUUAAUACUCCACGAAAACAAGGAGGACUUGGACCAAUGAAGAUCCCACUUCUCUCAGAUUUGACGCACCAGAUUUCAAAGGAUUAUGGAGUAUAUCUAGAGGACCAAGGGCACACACUUAGAGGCCUUUUCAUUAUUGAUGAUAAGAGGGUCCUUCGACAGAUAACAAUGAAUGACCUUCCUGUCGGAAGAUCAGUGGAUGAAACACUUCGUCUAGUACAAGCAUUCCAGUACACCGACAAACAUGGAGAAGUUUGCCCUGCUGGUUGGAAACCUGGCAGUGAAACAAUAAUCCCAGACCCAGCUGGAAAACUGAAGUAUUUUGAUAAACUAAACUGAAACUUGCUUCUACUGAGCUACACAAGUCACAUGCAACUUCAAGUUGUCAAUAAAAUUCCAUUAAUUUUGUUA